GGUCCACGUGGGAAAAGAAGAAUGAAGCGAAGGCCCCGCCCAAAAUGGGAGCGUAUGAGUUUGCUUGACUGUCGGGUUUCCGUUAAGGAAAGUCCCGGGACAACGUGAGCUACACAGAAAGACACAGAAACACCCAAAGAGAGAGAAAAUUCUCUCUCCUCUCUUUCACUUUUUUCCCCCUUUCCCUCUCCUUGUUCUUCUUCUUCCAAGCCUGAAUUAAUCGUAUCUUCCGCAUUAUCAAUCCUAUAUUUAUAAUGUGAUCUUGUUUCUUUACAGAGGUUCUUUGUGAGUGAUUUUCAUCAAACGGACGAAUGCGAUUCAGAAUCAGCAAUGACUAACAAAAAUACGGGCUCUUCUCAGGGGGACUUUUGUAACCCCCAGCCUCCACCUGGCCCACCGUCUGGCCCGCCUUCUGGCGCUGCUGAUCACCUUCAUUCUCGUGGUAACAAUAAGGUUUACAAAAGCGGGCCAUUAUUUUUGUCAUCAAGAGGAAUUGGAUGGACAUCCUGGAAGAAAAGAUGGUUUAUUCUGACACGUACUUCGCUUGUCUUCUUUAGAAGUGAUCCAAAUGGUAUUCCUCAAAAGGGGAGUGAGGUGAAUCUGACCCUUGGUGGUAUUGACCUCAACAGUUCAGGCAGUGUGGUUGUCAAAGCAGAUAAGAAACUCUUGACUGUGCUCUUUCCUGAUGGUCGUGAUGGCCGAGCUUUUACACUCAAGUCAGAAACUUUGGAGGAUUUAAAUGAGUGGAAGGCUGCACUUGAGGAAGCUUUGGCAAAUGCGCCCAGUGCCGCCCUUGUCAUGGGGCAAAAUGGGAUAUUCAAAAACGAUCAGGGUGAGGAAGUUGAUGGUCUUUUGGAACAGUCGAAGGACAGACUGCCGGUGAAAUCCUUGGUCAUUGGUCGACCUAUUUUACUUGCUCUAGAAGAUAUAGAUGGAACUCCGUCUUUCUUGGAGAAAGCUCUUAGGUUCCUAGAACAGCAUGGAAUACAAGUAGAAGGAAUCUUGCGGCAAGCUGCUGAUGUUGAUGAUGUUGAACGUCGAAUUAGAGAAUAUGAACAGGGAAAAAGUGAGUUCUCUUCAGAGGAAGAUCCACACAUUAUAGCAGAUUGUGUCAAGUAUGUUCUGCGGGAGUUACCAUCAUCGCCAGUUCCUGCAUCUUGCUGCAAGGCUCUACUAGAAGCAUUUCGAACUGAUCGUGGCAUGAGACUCACUGCAAUGCGUACGGCUAUAUGUGAAACAUUUCCAGAGCCAAACCGCCGAUUGUUACAGAGGAUUCUUAUGAUGAUGCAAACUGUGGCUUCUCAUAAGGCUGAGAAUCGAAUGAGCACUGCGGCCGUGGCAGCUUGCAUGGCACCCUUACUUCUUCGCCCCCUUCUGGCUGGUGAUUGUGAGCUUGAAAAUGAUUUUGAUGUGGGCGGUGAUGGUUCUGUUCAACUUUUGCAAGCAGCAGCUGCAGCUAACCAUGCUCAAGCCAUCAUUAUCACUCUUCUAGAGGAGUAUGGUAACUUAUUUGGGGAAGGCUCUGUGUCCCCUGAGCUAUACUCUGACUCAGAAGAAAGUGGAAGUGAUAGUGAGGAGCUUACUGAUGAUGGUGAGACCUUAGAAGAUGAUGGAGAUGAUGAUGCAACAGAAGGAUCCGAUGCUGAUGUAGUUGAAGAUUUUGAAUGUGCAUCAAGUGGAACUUCCAUUGAAACUAGUGACGCCAAACAUAAGGAUCUCUAUGACAACAAGGGUUCCGAGGCUUGUAACUCAUGUUCAAAGUCCAAUGAAGUAGAUGAUGAUCUCAAAGUCAACCAGAAAGUGUCAUCCAGUGCUCCUCAAACUUCAUUGCCCCAACAUGACAAUGAAGAAGAGAGUAUGAACAGAAUAAAUGCAAAUAACAAUAGUUCAGUGGUGGAAGCUGAUGAGCCCGGUGAAGUUUUGGAAGAUGAUCCCGCUGAAACAAGUUCAAUAAAUAUAUUAAUCGAAAAGAGUCCAUCCUCAUGUGUACGGAAAUCUACAACAGUGUCAAAUGGACCUGUACGCAGUGUUCGGCGACCCACUGUUUGGGGACGUACCCCUGCAAAGAGAAACCUUUCUAUGGAGUCCAUCGAUGUUUCGCCUGAAGAUGAGGAUGAAAUACAGAGGCUUGAGGUCACUAAAACUGACUUGCAAAACAAAAUUGCAGAGGAGGCUAAAGGGAAUGCAAUUCUACAAGAAAGUCUUGAGAAACGAAGGAAUGCUUUGCAUGAACGUCGUCUAGCUCUUGAGAAAGAUGUUGCAAGACUCCAGGAGCAGUUACAGAAAGAGACCGAGUUGAGGAUGGUACUGGAAGCUGGACUUAAAAAAGGGACCUUCCCAGUCUCAGCUGCUAUUGAUGAAAAGAUGAAGGCAGAUCUUGAUGAAAUCUCUCGAGCAGAGGCAGACGUCACCAACUUGAAGCAGAAGGCAUUUGAUCUUGGUGUGCAGCUUAGUCUACAACGUGAACAAAAUUAUGAAAUUUCACAAUAUUCAAACAGUCGGCCACAACAAAGUUCAAAUCAAGUACAGAAGUAUAAACAGAAGGACUUUGAAGCUACAGCUAUUUCACAUACAUUCGAAAAGGUGGGAAGAAAUAAGAAUAGUCAUUCGGACAAGGCAGCCAGUGACAGAAAUUUGAAACAUGAACCUCCACCUUUACUAAAUAGACAUCCAUCUGAGAACGAGCUGUCAGAUUCACUCUUUAACUCCAAAACUUAUGGAGUUCUAGCCACUCCAUCCUAUGGGGAACUGGGGGUGGGCAGGACUUCUUCAACCGCCUCUAAAAAGCUUGGUACAAGGGGUGAGGGAUCUAAUUCCACAACUUCUGCACUUUCAAAGCUAACAACCCGGCUCAACUUCCUGAAGGAACGACGUACCCAAAUUGCAAAUGAGCUCCAAAAUAUGGACAAAGGCCGAAAUUCAGGUCAAUCUGUCCAAAACCUUGCAAGAGGUAAAGGAUCAGAGGUUCAAUCAUUAGAAAAAGGCAGUGGAUUGGACAGCUGCCUGUUGCCCCAGAACCCAGGCAAAGGGAUGGCAGAAGGCCAAUCAAUCCAAAAUCUGGAUAAAGGAGGUAGAUCUGAAGGCAUACAAGUUUCAAACCUGGACAGAGGAAAAUCAGAGUUUUCCCAAUGUGGACAAAAGUAGAUCCAUAAUUCCUCCUAGAUCAUGUGCCUGAUGAUGCUUGGUUUUCUUUUCUCAUUCAUCAUUGUUCUCUGCAUCAUGCUAUACGGCCAAUCCCAUUGACUCUUUGGGAUCAGAGUGCCAAGAUGACGAGCAAGGUUUCUAUUCUCAGAUGGAAUCCCACAACAUUGAUUUGAGACCCAUGUUUUCGGAGCUGUACUGAAGUUCAAAUGCUCCCCGGGGACCAGGAUGUGCAGAUUAGUUAUCUCCUCGAUGUACGUCGAAUUGUUCAAACCCUGAUGAAUUGGGUUUUGCUCGUCUAGAGGCGAAGUAGUUCUUCUGUAAUUACCAGUGUUGUAUUGCUAGAACCACAUCUAAUUAUACAAGCCAGUUGGAGCUUGUAUUGCUAUCCUCCUUCAAAAUGUCCAUUGGAGCUUGAACACCCUGACUUAAUCUAGGAAUUUUUAUGAGUUCUCAUGUAAAUGAAAUAGGGGAUUCUUCCAUUAAGCUUCUGCUGAAAGUAUUGCAACUAUGAGAUCUAGUUCUUUCAGGCUUCGGUUUAUGUCUGAUGUCUUAUUGCGUUUUCCUUUGGUUUCGUUUUGUUUUUCAUUGACAUUGUUAUUCAUCAUUUGUAAGGUAGGUUCAUUUACUAGAGCUGAGAAUCCAUCCAGGGCUCAGAUGAUAAGAUUUUAGUGGUUAAUAUCUCGAGUUUUUAAGUUUGUAUCUAGUAAGAGAUGUCUGAUACAGUUUAUUUUAUUAGUGAUUGUAAGUGUUCG